UCCCUGUUUUGGUUUAUGGAAUUGUUACAAAUGUAGAAAAUUGGGUAUUUCUUCGAUGGGCUGGCUCUUCGGAAGACCCAACAGUAGAGAUAUUUGAUUCAGUAAGUUAUGAUUUAAAUUACAAUGAUAUAACGCGAGCGAAGAAAGUCGUUGAAUAUAUCGUCUUCAUUCUUCAAUCACAAGCUCGUGCCCUGAAAGAUAGUUCAAAUC